CAGCUAAUACAGCUGCGAGGUCCUCAGUGGGAACUUCUCUACUGACAGAAACUGCAGAGUUACCGUAAACAAGUCCCUGUAUGAUGCUGCAGCCUGAACGGAAGUAUUUUUAAAACUUUCUUUCCAUGAACGAAGCGGUGAACUCAUCCACGCAGCUAGAAUGUGGAAGCCCGCCGGUGGACCGAGACUCACCUUAAGCUCGGCGGGACCUCGCGCUGCUAUCGCCGCGGUCACCUGUCUGCUGGUGACCGGGAUGCUGGUGGUCAGUGGCGGAAAACCUGGAAGCGGACACAUGAAAGAGACAACGACCGCAGGGACAGAUGUUUUCUCUACCUAUUUCAGGAGGCUGGCCAGGGAGAGGAGAGCAGUGUGCGCCACUCCGCGGAGCGGCGCUCCUCAUCUGGUGGAGCAUCUCACCCAGACUGACCUGUUUAUAGCAGUAAAAACGACUGGGAGGUAUCACCGCCAGAGACUUGAACUGCUGCUGGAUACCUGGAUCUCCAGGAACAUACCACAAACGUACGUGUUCACGGAUGGAGAAGAUGAAAAGCUGAGGAAAAGAAUGGGAGCUCAUCUGAUCAACACCAACUGCUCAGCCGCACACAAUCGACAGGCUCUCUCCUGUAAAAUGGCCCUGGAGUACGACACAUUUAUAAACUCUGGAAAGAAGUGGUUCUGCCAUGUUGAUGAUGAUAACUACGUGAAUGUGGGCUCCCUCCUCAAACUCUUGUCCCAAUUCAGCCACACACAGGAUAUUUACAUCGGCCGGCCCAGCCUUGAAAGACCAAUAGAGGCAACAGAGACACUCAGCACCAAUGAAAUGAAGCAGGUGCAUUUCUGGUUCGCCACAGGAGGAGCAGGGUUCUGUCUGAGCCGUGGCCUUGCUCUUAAGAUGAAGCCGUGGGCAAGUGAUGGUGCUUUCAUGGCCACAGCUGAGCACAUUCGCCUGCCUGAUGACUGCACUGUUGGUUACAUAGUGGAGGCGCUGCUUGGCAGGAGCCUCACCCGCUCGGCAUUGUUCCACUCCCACCUGGAGAACCUUGAACUGGUGUCGGACAUACACAGUCAGGUCACUCUGAGCUAUGGGACCAUGGAAAACAACAGGAACACUGUAAAUGUGAAGGGACCAUUUUCAAUUAAUGAAGAUCCCACCAGAUUCAGGUCUGUCCAUUGUCAGCUGUACCCAGACACCCUUUGGUGCCCCAGUGCCUGGCGACUUCAAUACCCUUCCAUAGACAAAGAUGGGAGAAUGAAAUAAUGGGGAAGAAAAUGUCUUAAGCGGAGAUGGUUGCAGAGACCUCCACUACCUGCUAUAGCAGCAGUGUGGGAAAGCUGUCGAUACAUCUUUACCUGAUGCAGUCUGACUGGGAAUGCCUGUUGUAUUAAUUUGAAAUCCGUGUUGUGUUUUUUGUCAUAAAUCCUAAAAAUGCAACAAGAGCAGGAAACCCAAACUUGUCAUUAAAGAUAAACCCAGAGAAAAUAUUUUUUAGAUGGUGCAGAAAUUUGAGAACUGAGACUGAAGGUCAGUUAUGGCCUUUUAAGGAGAUCCAGCAUGGAACCCACUCUCGCCAGACGAGCCAUUAUCUGCCCCUUUGUUUGUGAGCUUGAGCGAUAAUCAGGCUCAGAAGUUCACAGAGCUAAAUGCAAAUCUUCUAAUGCUGGAACUUGGUAUUGCCUUUUGCAGCUUCUAAUUAAUUUAGACACAUUUUUGACAUUUCAUUUCAACAAUUGAUAUUUAAUGUAGCCUGCAGUGUGUUUUCUCACAGCCUUGCACAUUUCCAGCAUCUUCAUUCCAUAUCUGGGAAAGUUGUAUGAAUAUGUUUACUUGUUUGUCCUCCAUGCUGUAGUGUUAAGGGACUGUUGGAGAGUAGGUGAUGCAGGUCAGUAUGAAGGAAACUAUCCCAGGAGGAGGAUUAAUUUCUGGUGGGUUUUAGUAUUACUAGACAAAAGAAAAAUCAUUUUAAUGAAGUUAAAAAAGAUAUACUUUAAGGUUUUAUCUCACCAGUGUUCAGUAUUAAUCUCUUUCUGAAGUAUGUAGUACAACUUGAGCACUUUGAUGUUUUGUUUCUGUUUGUUAUUGACACUUUGAUAAGAACACUGAAUGAAUAGUCUGGUAUUUGGGGAAAUAUGCUCAUUUGCUUGUCUGGUUUUUGCUUUAACAUUAAAGGUGAGCUGGUACAGGUUGUCUAGUCCAUGGGUGAAGAUCUGUACAUCUUCAUAAUUUCCAUAUCAAGCACAGUGAUAUCUCCUUCAAUAACAGCAGAUUUCCCCAAAUGUCAAGCUAUGUAACAAUUCUGUGUUAACUUUAUUUUGAACUCCUCCAGUGAAGCUUCUAAUCCAAAAUACUUUUCAGAUAAAGUAGAUGACGUUGGAUGGAUUAUGACAACACAAUGUAGGCUGCUUUUGAAAAGUUGCAGCAGUGUAGUAUCGACAUCCACUUUGAUGUUUUCGUUUAGAAAUGACUCAUGUUGAGUCGUCAUCUUUCUUUCUGUGCAGUGAAAGUAGUUUUUGCUGCAUGUUACAAUGAACCAUGGUGUCAGAAGCAAACCUGCUCUCCAGUAUCUGGAUUGUAUGUGGAUGUUGUGGUUAAUAAAUUUGUUUUAAAUUGUG